AUGGAGAUUACAGACGGUGAUACCCACGUCACCAAUCCGCGCCUCCUUCUCAUUAGUUAUCAGCCGAAGUCUGCUCCGGCCACCGGAGGUGUGAAGAAGCCCCACCGUUUCCGUCCCGGAACCGUUGCCCUUCGUGAGAUCCGUAAGUACCAGAAGUCUACUGAGUUGCUGAUCCGCAAGUUGCCAUUCCAGAGGCUUGUUCGUGAGAUUGCCCAGGAUUUCAAGACAGAUCUGAGGUUUCAGAGCUCCGCCGUGGCGGCGCUCCAGGAAGCAGCGGAGGCAUACUUGGUCGGUCUGUUUGAAGACACCAACCUCUGCGCCAUUCACGCUAAGAGGGUCACUAUCAUGCCCAAGGACAUCCAGCUUGCCAGGAGAAUUAGGGGCGAAAGGGCUUAA